GACAGUUGUUAUUUACGUAAGCACUAAGAGAGGUAUAUAAGCCGCCGCCCAGCACGAGCCCGCCGUCAACCACCAACCCUAUCACCAUGGCUUUCCGACACCUCCUCGCCCUCGCCCUCCUGCCCCUGGUGCUGGGCGCGGCGGCCCCCAAGAAGACGAAGGUGUCGGUGUACUACGAGGCGCUGUCCCCCAAGAGCAAGGCCUUCUUCACCACGCAGCUCUACCCUGUGUGGCUGGAGCUCAGGGACUACAUCGCCCUCGACCUCUACCUCUACGGCAGGACUCAGGAGACCGUGGCCGCUAAUGGCUACAGCUUCUCCUGCAUCCAUGGGGCGGAGGAGUGCGUGGGCAACAUAAUGAUGAUGUGCGCCAAGCACAACAUCCCCACCGUCGACCAGCUGAUGAGCUUCUCCAACUGUAUCAUGGACAAGUUCCAGGGGGCCGCGGCGACUGCUGAGUGCGCCGAGCUGUCACAAGUGGACUACAACCGCAUCAACGAGUGCGCCACCACCUUCGAGGGCCAGAACCUCAUGCACACAACGGGCGUCAAGCAGCAGAGCGUCAGCCCCGACCUCUCCUCGGCACCCUGGAUCCUCAUCAACGACGUGUUCUCCGAGGAGGUGAUGAUGGCUGCUCGGGAGGACCUACGCGCGGUGGUGUGCGCCGCCAACGAAAACAUCCCAAAGAACAUGUGCUGAGGAGGCCCGUCCGAGGAAUCUAUCUAUGGCCACAGGAUGCCUUGGCCUAUAUCAUCUAACUCUUCAAAACCUUAGUACAUCUAUUUAAAAGGGAUCUCGCAGAAGUUGUUUCCCUGACCCUGACUGUAGUUUUGAAAGGCUUCUGCGCCAUGACCGGGAAACCACGCAUGAGAACCUGACGUACAGUGUUGCCAGAUUCUCGUACUCAGCCUAUUACAGUUACCGAUUUCCACCCCCAAAACUGUCUCGUCUACUCCAAUAGCUAGCUUCAUUUAUAGCUGUCGUUGAAAUGGUUAGUUAUUCGCGGGUUCCUCUUUUUUUUUUUUGCAGUAGUUGUUGGUCAGAAAUCGAAAAAUACGAUGCUCUGAGUACGAUAAUCUGGCAAAGCUGUUGACGUAUCUCCUCUGUAGCCUUCAGAAACUGUCGUAACAGAGCCCGAAACGUUAAAUAAUACGAGUUUUAUUCCCUUCCUCAGCUCAGUCGGGCCUAGAUAUAUAUGGUCUACAUGUAACCCUGCCUGUAUGAGCUCCUGAGUAAAUCAAUUGUCUGA